GCUCCGGGCACCUAGGUGGGCAGGUGCGGGCCUGUGCGGGCCGCCAAGGAGCCCGCGGUUCCCAGCCGCGCCUAGCCGUCGAGGGGGACUUCUGUGCUGUGGCGGCGUGAACUCCUGUACACCUGCUCCCGGACACCGACUGAGGCCAGAUCAUGGCCCUCCACCCUCGAAGAGUCCGACUGAAGCCCUGGCUCGUGGCCCAGGUGGACAGUGGUCUCUACCCUGGUCUCAUCUGGCUACAUAGAGAUUCUAAGCGCUUUCAGAUCCCCUGGAAACACGCCACACGGCACAGCCCCCAACAAGAGGAAGAAAACACCAUCUUUAAGGCUUGGGCUGUGGAGACUGGAAAGUACCAGGAAGGAGUGGAUGAUCCCGACCCGGCUAAAUGGAAGGCUCAGCUCCGCUGUGCUCUCAACAAAAGCAGGGAAUUCAACUUGAUGUAUGAUGGCACCAAGGAGGUGCCCAUGAAUCCUGUGAAGAUCUACCAAGUGUGCGACAUCCCCCAGCCCCAGGGCUCUGUCAUGAACCCAGGAUCCACAGGGUCGGCUCCUUGGGAUGAGAAAGAUAAUGAUGUGGAUGAAGACGAUGAGGAGGACGAGCUUGACCAGUCACAGCACCACGUCCCUAUCCAGGACACCUUCCCCUUCCUGAACAUCAAUGGUUCUCCCAUGGCACCAGCUAGCGUGGGUAACAACUGUAGUGUGGGCAACUGCAGCCCUGAGUCCGUGUGGACCAAAACAGAGCCUCUGGAGAUGGAAGUGCCCCAGGCACCCAUUCAGCCCUUCUACAGUUCUCCGGAGCUGUGGAUCAGCUCUCUCCCAAUGACUGACUUGGACAUCAAGUUUCAGUACCGUGGGAAAGAGUAUGGGCAAACCAUGACGGUGAGCAACCCUCAGGGCUGCCGGCUUUUCUAUGGGGACCUGGGCCCCAUGCCUGACCAGGAGGAGCUCUUUGGUCCCGUCAGCCUGGAGCAAGUCAAGUUCCCGGGUCCAGAGCACAUCACCAACGAGAAGCAGAAGCUGUUCACCAGUAAGCUGUUGGAUGUCAUGGACAGGGGACUGAUCCUGGAGGUCAGCGGACACGCCAUCUAUGCCAUUCGGCUGUGCCAGUGCAAAGUGUACUGGUCUGGGCCGUGUGCCCCUUCGCUCGCUGCCCCUAACCUGAUUGAGAGGCAGAAGAAGGUCAAGUUGUUUUGUCUGGAAACAUUCCUGAGUGAGCUCAUUGCCCACCAGAAAGGACAGAUAGAGAAGCAGCCACCGUUUGAGAUCUACCUGUGCUUUGGGGAAGAAUGGCCGGAUGGGAAGCCCUUGGAGAGGAAGCUCAUCUUGGUUCAGGUCAUUCCAGUGGUGGCUCGGAUGAUCUACGAGAUGUUUUCUGGCGAUUUCACCCGGUCCUUUGACAGCGGCAGCGUUCGACUGCAGAUCUCCACCCCAGACAUCAAAGAUAACAUCGUAGCCCAGCUCAAGCAGCUGUACCGCAUCCUUCAAACCCAGGAGAGCUGGCAGUCCUUGGAGCCUGCCCCCAGCAUGCAGCUGCCCCCUGCCCUGCCUGCCCAGUGAUCCCGAUUGCUGUGUGUUUACUCUUUUCUCCUCUCUCUUUUUUAUAUUGUACAGAUGAAUUUUUUUUAUUCACAUUUAACCAACUUCUAAGUCUCCUUUCUCUAACAACAUUAGAGGUCUGUGACUUUCCAAAUAUGCCUAGUUUUAAAAGUUGCUCUAAUUUAUCAAGAUCCCAUCCCACUGAGGGGUUCCUUUUAGAUCUUCCACAGUGGGUGCAGGAGAGAUUUGAUUUGGGAGUUUAGACACCAGAGUUCUAGCUGCAGCUUCCAUGAGGCAGGUCAAUGUGACUUGAGGGCUUCAGAUGUAUCGCUUGUAAAUAAAUGAGGUUUGGGGUGAUGCCCGACUGCAUUCAGCCUUAAAACUCUGACUUGAUUACAUUCCUCUACUUUCACAAGGCAAAACUGCCAGAACAGGACCCUCCUGUAUUGUUCUUACACCUGCCCCCUUGCUUUCAUCAAAGUUCCUCAAGCACUGAUCUGUCCUGAACUGAGCUCUGUUUGACUCGUUCUGCUGGUACAGUAGGCUGGCUCCCUGCUGGGAGAAAGGAGAGGAACUGACUGGUUGCCUAGGAACCCGUCUGAUAACUAAAUAGAAAUGGGUGCCAAGGUCUGAAAGUCACCCAACCUGUGGUGUUAAAGCUCAUAAAGUGAGCGUCAAAGGGGAAGCUGGUGACAUGGAAAGCCUAGGGAUUCCGUGAAAGAAUGGUGGUCAGAUGUUUGUCUUCUCCCCACUCACGCCACCUGCUCUGUGGGGUGGAUGAGCGCACCUGGCUCCAUGGUGGACUCAGGGAGGAAGGUCUUCUUCUCAUUUCCUUCUCUGAAGAUGACCUGGAGGGAGCUAGGCACCUAGGAUAUACUCUGACGACAAAAGGAAUGGUUCUUGUUUACCAGGGCCUUCCUGACAUUUGGGUUUUUCCAAUGGGAAGAAUGAGGCGUUAGGUUUGUUGACGGUCUGGGCAGUGCUCUUCUGGGAAGGGCUCAGUCCUACUUCUAUCUCUGGCUGUGAGAAAUGGAGACAAGCUGUGCAGAGCACUGCAGCUGGGUCUCAGUGUCUGCCCCCAGCCGCUUCUUAGGAUUUGAACUCCAUGACUCAGAUGAAAAGCGAUGUGGAUCUCCGGUUAUAGGCCCGAAUCCUCUUGAAUACUGAUGUCUGUUUGUGUGCACAUGUGUAUAGUCUGCUGCCCUUAAACUAAGAAUCACACCUCCUGUUUUUCAAGCCACUGAAAGUUGGGAUGGAUUUAAAGUCUAAAAGCUCAACCUGAUCUUGGGUGACCAUGAGGCUUACUUAGGAUGCUGAAGCUUUGGUUUAAAACCCUUUGAGAGAUUGUUAAAAGAAAGGUGACUGUGGAGGCUGGUGGUGGUGCAUGCCUUUAAACCUAGCACUUGGGAGGCAGAGGCAGGCAGAUCUCUGUGAGUUUGAGGCCAGCCUGAUUUACAGAGUGAGUUCAAGGACAGCCACGGUUGUUACACUACACAGAGAAACCUUGUCUCAAAAAACCAAAACAAACAAACCAAAAAAAAAAAAAAAGGGCAGGGGUGUGUGUGUGUAAAAACAAAUUGUACACACAUACACAAAGUAUGGAAAUGUCAGUGUAAAACUCUUUGUAUGCUAACUAAGAUAAAUUUAGGUAAAAGUCUAAAAGUCGGAUUUUUAUAGACCAGGAAUCAUGCAAGGUAUAGGGACUUUUUUUUUUUCUCUUUUGGAGGAACAGGAAGUAGCAUCACUUGGUGAAUUGAAGUGAGGGAAUCUUGAUGUGUGGCAGCUCAGAGUUAAAAAUAACCCAUUAUAGGAAAAGUGGAAGGGCAGUUGUGGAAUAGGGGCCAUUUCCUCCACUCACCCCCAAGCCCCUGAAAUGUAACAGGUUAUUAGGGAAGGCCAGGUAACCGGAACUGGUAAAGGAUGUUGAAAAAUGUUCUGAAGUGCCAUGGACCGAAUGCUCAGUGCGUGACUGUGAUGGGAAGCUGAGGAGUGCGUUAGGUGGAGGAACACUUUUGUGUGGUCCUCACUAGACAGCCCAGGGCCUUCCUUGUCUUGCAUCUUUUCCAGGAUUCUGGGAGAGUACGUUACACGCAGGGAUCUUCUCUGAUCAUCUUCAGUAAGCUUUCUCUGGUUUUGGUAGACACCAGGUAUCCUCUUUUAGGGUUCGGUUUUCUGCCUCUUCCAUUUCCUCCCGAGCUGUCUUCUCCCUUGCCUUCCUCUGAAGACUCAGGAGGGAGGAGGAUUCUCCCUAGCGCCUCCUUUUCCUCCAUGUGCACUCUAGAUUAACUCAGAGUUAAAAAGAACCCACUGCAGGUAAACUGGGAGGGCAGAUGUCAAGUCUGGGCUCCUCCCCAUAAUCAAGUCCCUGGUUGUAUGUUCCCAUAGCAUCUUAUACUUUCAGAAUAACUGUGUUCUGUGUAAAGUCCUCACCACCUAUGCCCUACGUGACUGUUUGUCUUGGAUUGACUGCCAGGCCUUCGGCAGUGUCUGAUACAGUAUGUUCUCAGAUAUUUGUGCUGUAAUAAAUGAACUAA